CGCCGCUUCCCCCUCCCCCCCAAAGCUCUCUCCUUCCUCUUCCUCCCUGCCCGAUCUCGAGAUAAAAGAAGAGGAAGUUAUCGCCAUCGCUAUGGCUCUCCUCGUAGAGAAGACCUCCUCCGGGCGCGAGUACAAGGUGAAGGACCUCUCCCAGGCCGACUUCGGCCGCCUGGAGAUCGAGCUCGCCGAGGUCGAAAUGCCCGGCCUCAUGGCCUGCCGCGCCGAGUUCGGCCCCUCCCAGCCCUUCAAGGGCGCACGCAUCACCGGCUCCCUCCACAUGACCAUCCAGACCGCCGUCCUCAUCGAGACCCUCACCGCCCUCGGCGCUGAGGUCCGCUGGUGUUCCUGCAACAUCUUCUCCACCCAGGACCACGCCGCCGCCGCCAUCGCCCGCGACUCCGCCGCCGUCUUCGCCUGGAAGGGCGAGACCCUCCAGGAGUACUGGUGGUGCACCGAGCGCUGCCUCGACUGGGGCCCCGCCGGUGGCCCCGACCUCAUCGUCGACGACGGCGGAGACGCCACCCUCCUCAUCCACGAGGGCGUCAAGGCCGAGGAGGAGUACGAGAAGACGGGAAAGAUGCCCGAUCCGACCUCCACCGACAACGUCGAGUUCCAGAUCGUGCUGGGGCUCAUCCGGGACAGCAUCAAGGUGAAUCCCAGCAAGUACCGCAGGAUGAAGGAGAGGCUCGUGGGCGUCUCCGAGGAGACCACCACCGGCGUCAAGAGGCUCUACCAGAUGCAGGCCAGCGGGGCCCUUCUCUUCCCGGCCAUCAACGUCAACGACUCCGUCACCAAGAGCAAGUUCGACAAUCUCUAUGGUUGCCGCCACUCUCUUCCUGAUGGCCUGAUGAGGGCCACCGAUGUGAUGAUUGCCGGCAAGGUCGCCGUGGUCUGUGGGUACGGAGAUGUCGGCAAGGGCUGUGCUUCUGCCAUGAAGCAAGCUGGAGCCCGGGUGAUCGUCACAGAGAUUGACCCCAUCUGUGCGCUUCAGGCCCUGAUGGAGGGCAUCCCUGUUCGUACCCUGAAGGAUGUGGUCUCCGAGGCCGAUAUCUUUGUGACCACAACUGGUAACAAGGAUAUCAUCAUGGUUGACGACAUGAGGAAGAUGAAGAACAACGCGAUUGUCUGCAACAUCGGCCACUUUGACAAUGAAAUCGACAUGCAUGGUUUGGAGACCUACCCAGGCGUCAAGCGCAUCACCAUCAAGCCCCAGACUGAUCGCUGGGUAUUCCCUGACACGAACUCUGGCAUCAUCGUUCUUGCCGAGGGGCGUCUGAUGAACCUUGGUUGUGCCACCGGCCAUCCCAGCUUUGUCAUGUCCUGCUCCUUCACCAACCAGGUGAUUGCUCAGCUGGAACUGUGGAAGGAGAGGGCAAGCGGCAAGUAUGAGAAGAAGGUCUAUGUGCUUCCCAAGCAUCUGGAUGAGAAGGUGGCAGCUCUCCACCUGGGCAAGCUGGGAGCCAAGCUAACCAAGCUCACACCGUCCCAGGCCGACUACAUUAGUGUUCCAAUUGAGGGCCCCUACAAGCCUGCUCACUACAGGUACUAGAAAAGAUGGAGCUAAUGACAGGAAGCAGCAACAGCAGCUGCAAAAGUCGAGAUGAUUGGAGUGAUGUUGUCUCCGGUUUCCCUUCUGGUAUUUUAUGAGUUUGGAUAUUAAUUUGGUUGCAUUUGAAUUCAAAGAUGAGGAAUGAGGAAGUCAUGUUUUGGUAAGAAUAAUGAGGUUGUGCGGGGUGGUGUAAUGGCCAGAUAUGUUUUUAUCUUUGGCCCUCUUUCUUGAUCACAAUUUGGAAGGCAACACCGUCAGUUCUCAUCUUCAGUUAUAUUUUACCCUUACAUGUUCAUUGGCUA